AUGGCGAUCCAGAGAGCUACAAGAAGUCCAGGUGAAGAGGCAGUUCUGGAUGAAGCUGGAGACACAAACAAACGCUCAACAGCUGUGGCAGGGCUUGUAUGCUAUCACCUCCUACAAGAUUACCACAACACAGAAAAAUUGUGCGAAUAUGAGAGAAAAGCAUCUGAACUAACUUUACCAGUUUCAUAUAAUUUAAAGAAAUUAUUCUGGCGAAUUUUUCCUUUCUUUAGAUGGUUUCCCAGGUAUAAAGUAAAGACAUGGAUUAUAGGAGAUCUGCUGUCUGGAAUUAGUGUGGGUCUACUCACAAUUCCUCUGUCCCUUGCUUUUGCAGUAUGUGCUGGAGAGCCAGCUGUUAAUGGGCUCUACACAAGUUUAGUUACCACUAUCUUAUAUUGCCUUCUUGGCACAACUCAACAUCUGUCCUAUGGAACAUCUGCAAUCACUGCUCUUCUCAUUGCCAAGAGCACAAGCCAUAUUGAAGUUCAAGAAUCUGCUUCUGACAGUGACUGUUCUCCAAAAUGUUCACGAGAACUGCAUGUGGCUACUCUCACUUGUGUUUCUGGAAUUAUUUUAAUUUUGAUGGGAAUUUUUCGCCUCAGUUUCCUAAGAACUUACAUCUCCAAGUCUGUUAUGCUGGGCUUCAGAGCUGGAACAGCCUUGCACCUACUAAUCAUCUUCCUGACUGUAUUACUUGGUAUCGAUGGGCCAUUUCAUCAUGGUCCUUUAUCACUCAUUUAUUCUUCCAAAGACAUAAUUGCAAAUACUAAUAAAAUAAACAUUGUCUCAGUGAUUACAGGAUUGACAACAUUGGCAUUUCUGACACCUUUUAAAGUAAUAAACUGCAUUUACAGUAGGCAUCUUAUACCUGUAGAGUUUAUUGCAAUAGCUGUUUCCAUGUUUUUGUCAUUCUGGUUGGAACUAGAGCACAGCUACAAUAUCAGGCUGAUAAAUAAUUAUCCAUUUACUUUGCCAAAACCCAUCCUUCCUUCUUUUUCCUUGAUAUCCAGUGUUGCUGCAGAUGCUGUUGCUGUUGCCCUUGUAACCUUUGCAGUUAGCAUUUCGUUAGGGAGUGAAAAUUCCAAAAAACACAACCAAAGUUAUCAUCCGCAUCAGGAGACUAUUGUUUUGGGGGUCUGUGAUCUUUUGCUAUCAUUUCUGGGUACUUUUGCUGCAUCUGGGGUUUGGGAACAAACUGUGGUUCAGGAAAAAGCCUGGGGUCAAACCCAAGCUGCAGGGUUGGUAGCAGCUGGUCUGAGUCUUACAGCUUUACUUUGUGCAGAAUCUCUGCUUCCAUUAGUGCCAAAAGCAGUUCUUGGUGCCAUUGUAAUUUCAAAUCUGGGAUGGUACUUCAAGUUUUUCUGGAAAAACUGUUUUACAUGUAAGAAGAGCAAAUAUGAGUUUGUGGUUGGAAUGAUAACAUUUUUGGCCGUUAGUCUCUUAGGCAUAGAUAUUGGUUUAGGAGUGGGCAUAAUCUUCUCCAUUUUGCUCACUCUACACAGACUUCAAAGGCCUUCUAUUGCCAUUUUAGGUCAUAUUCCCAAUACAGAAAACUAUGUAGAUUUGUCUAUGGAGAAAACUGCCAAAGAAAUAGUUGGCAUUAAAAUUAUAAAAAUAUUUGAUUCUAUUUAUUAUGGGAAUGUUGAUUAUUUAUUGUACUGUAUGAAAGUUAAGGUGAAUUGUUACCUUUGGUCUGGUGGAAAUUCAGGAAGUGAUAAUGAAUUAUACACUGAGGAAGAUAAAUAUCAUAUGUUAAUGGAAUCCACACAGUUCCUUGCAAUGGAUGAAAAUGCUCUGAGGCGAAUAAAUCAUACUGCACUAUAUAGGCGUAGAAUAUCCAAACAAACUGCAGUUGUUCACACUGUUAUUUUGGAUUGUGGGUCGGUUAGCUUUGUGGAUGAUGAAGGGGUAAAUGCAUUAAUUUAUCUAUUUAAGAAAUAUCAAAGUGUGGGCAUUGGCUUUAUUCUUGCUGGUUGUUCAAGUGGAGUUUUAAAGACUAUACAACAACUGGGUUACUUCAAAGCAACAAGCCAAAGCUUCACUUGCAGCAGUAUCCAUGAUGCUGUACUAUUUACCCUGCAACAAGCAGCAGAGAGAAACCAGAGUCUCCGAGGAUCCAAGUGCAUUCUUGAGACAAAUGAUGAAAAGGUAACCGAAUGUGACACCAUUGAAAUUAAGACGGAUGCAAAUAACAGCACAGAUGAAAGCAUUAGUCCAAGGGAGAGAGGAGAGAAUAUUUCCAAUCAAAGGACUGAUAUUAAAUCAGCAAAUCAGAGGAUUAUUGAAUAUGAAUCAGCCUUAUAA